CGCUUGCCCUUGCCAAGGUGAGGAGCCUUGCGGUCUGCACAACAAGGAAUAGGAAAAAAGGAUUGCCGUUCUGAUUUCUGAAAUGAGUUCAACAGGAUCAACGAAAGGCGGCAGAGGCAAGCCCAAAUCGUCAAAGUCCGUGUCCAGAUCUCAGAAGGCCGGUCUCCAGUUUCCCGUCGGCCGUAUUGCUCGUUUCCUUAAAGCUGGAAAGUACGCCGAUCGUGUCGGUGCCGGUGCUCCCGUCUAUUUAUCGGCCGUUCUGGAAUACCUUGCCGCUGAGGUUCUGGAGCUUGCUGGUAAUGCUGCAAGGGAUAACAAGAGGAAUCGAAUUGUCCCGAGGCACAUUCAACUUGCUGUGAGGAAUGACGAGGAAUUGAGCAAGCUUUUGGGCACUGUCACCAUUGCAAAUGGAGGUGUUUUACCCAACAUUCAUCAGACUUUGUUACCCAAAAAGAUGGGGAAAGGGAGAGAUGAUAUUGGUGCCUCACAAGAAUUUUGAACUGUUAAUGUUUUUGGAUUCAAAUUUGGUAAAUUGUAGGAUCAAUCAAUUGUAUCUUUCUAUCAAAGUCUUGGUGGGUUUGAAUUUGAUUCUUAUAAACCCCGAUUUUGUUUCUUAUUUUGGCCUCAAUUUUGUUGUCUGAUGUUGCUAUUCAUACUAUCAAUGAAAAAGCUCACAAUUUUUUUUCCUUUUUCUCA